AUGGACCCGGAAGCGGUGCGGAAAAGCCUGGAGCCCACCGCAACCGCCGAGAAAAUCACCGGCUCCACUCCUGCGCGGCUCCACUUCUACGACCCCUUCGUCCUCAGCGGCGUCAGCAUCGAAGCCGCCGAGCACGGCCGCCUCCUCUGCUCCUUCGUCGUGACACCUCGCCUUGCGAGUCCUGUGGGGUACCUCCGCAGCGGUGUCACAGCGACGCUCGCCGACCAGCUGGGAUCGGCCGUGUUCUUCUGCAGCGGGCUCCCCAGCAGCGGGGUCUCCAUCGAGAUCAGCGUCUCCUUUGUCGACGCGGCUGCAGUCGGGGAGGAAAUAGAGGUUGAGGGGAAGUUGUUGCGUGCUGGAAAGUCAGUUGGUGUCGUCUCUGUCGAUUUCAGGAAGAAAAAGACAGGAAAAUUGAUGGCACAGGCCCGUCAUACCAAGUAUCUUGUGGCAUCAAGCAAAUUGUGA